AGAAAGAGGAGGAUAUUGAAGAUUGGUUGAGUGUCAACUCAAUGUUGGUGGGUUGGCUCAUGACCGCAAUUGAUGCGGUGUUGCGGAGCAAUAUUGCUUAUAUGGACAGUGUCCAUGAUUUAUAGGAAGAUCUCAAGGCUAGAUUUGAGGUUGGAGAUGCUAUGCGCACACAUGAACUCAAGGAGCUCAGACGAGGAUGCCGGCAGAACGGGGAAUCUGUCACAACUUACUUUGGACGUCUCAAGGCAUUGUGGGACGACUACGAUGGAUUGCGGAAUGUCCCAUAGUGCACUUGUGGCGGAUGUACUUGUGAUUUGAAGAGGAAGUUUCUCAAACAUGUAGAAACCGAAAAAAUACAUGAAUUUCUUAUGGGAUUAGAUAAUGAGAAGUUUGGUACGAUGAGGUCAAACGUGCUUGGCUCGGAUGAUUUACCUAGUCUCACCAAGAUAUAUCAUAUGGUGACUCAAGAAGAGCAUCAUCAAAACUUGACGCGUGGAAGGGACGAGAAGGGCGAGGUUGUGGCCUUUGCUGCACGAACCGUGAACAAUGGAGGAGAAAAGGAAGAAAAGAGGAAGUGCAGUUUCUGUCAACGUACUGGACAUGAGGUGGAGAACUGUUUCCGGCGAACCGGAAAGUAUCCAGAGUGGUGGUUCGAAAAUCCAGCUCGUGGGCGCGGAGGCAGAAACCGAGAAGGAGGAGCAGGAGGCCGUGGUAGGGCAACCGCACAUGCGGUGCAAACUGGACACUUUGAACCUGAGACUGUCAGUCAGUUUGAAGAAAAAUCAGGUGUUGGACACAACCCUGGCUUCACGGAUGAGCAGUGGCAGCAGGUCAUGAAGCUUUUGGAACAAUGUAAGCCGGUGUCAACUGAAUAAAAAAUCACAGGACCUACCUACGAGGAUGCCGAUUGGAGUGGGUGAACGAAAGAGGGGAGUUUACUAUUUUAGGAGUCUGGACCAUGCUCAAGUUCACGCCGCGGCAACGACGGGCUCUUUGGAUUUGUGGCACUUACGGUUGGGACAUCCUUCUGUUAGAGUUCAACGUUCAAUUACUAGUUUGAAUAAGUUUUUGUUUGAUUCAGUUAAAGUUGAUUGUUGUGAUGCAUGUUUACGUGGAAAACAAACGCGUGAAAAAAUUGAGAUGAAUAAAACUCGUGCA